CUCAUCACACUAUGGCUGCUGUACUUCCUGGCGAGCAAGUCCCCGCGCAGCACGUCAACUUGAAACUAGGCCCUGGGCUACGACAAGAGGAAGGCUCUGGAAAGAUCGUGGCUACGAAGGCCGGCACAGUACAUCACUCGCCCAACAAUGCACGCUGGUGGGUGGAUGCUAAUUCGCGGAGAUAUGUCCCAGCGGCGCAGGAGUCUGUACUAGGAGUAGUCACUCUUCGUGUUGGCGAAGCAUUCCGCGUCGACAUAGGCGCCGCGCACAACGCAAAUUUGGAUGGUCUGGCAUUCGAAGGCGCGACAAAACGCAAUAGACCACAACUGAAGGUCGGCUCUCUCGUCUACGCACGAGUUUCCCUCGCGCAUCGCGACAUGGAUCCCGAGCUGGAAUGCUUUGAUGCGCAAACACGCAAAGCAGAAGGCUUCGGGGAGCUCAAGGGUGGCUUCCUUGUGCACUGCAGCUUGCUGAUGUGUCGACAACUCCUCUCUCCAGAUCACUUCCUGCUUCCGUUGCUGGGCUCCAUGUUCCCGUUGGAAGCGGCGGUGGGCAUGAACGGUCGCGUCUGGAUAAACGCGCCAAACCCGAAACAGGUUAUCGCAAUGAAGAGGUGUAUCGAGAUGGUUGAUCCGGACGGCGGCGGUAUGUCAGAAGCAGGGGUCAAGCUGCUACUCAAGACCUUGGAUGUAUCGUAACACGAAGAAAAAACGUCCUACCUGGUAUCCUAUUUCGUCUCCGAGUAAGCAAGCGCCAUCCACAUUUGUCUCGUCCAGGAUACGUGCAUUUGAAAUGCUCCAACGUUAUGUCGCCCUCGCCACCUCUGACCCCGGGACCCAAGGAAUGUUCGCUAACCGUAUGGCAUUCCUGAAGGCACGCGAGCUGCGUGCCAUCGAUCGUCAUUGGAAUCAGCCUCGAUCUCACGACGAGCUUGUACCACGACCAGACCGAAUGCCGAGUAGACCCUCCGUCGGCCCCGUCGCAUAUCGUCAGGCUGGUCAAGGCCGGCAAAAACAUCAGAGAAGCCGGAUCCU